CUCUGGGACAGAUCAUGCUGUAUGUGGAUGGAAUGAACGGCCUCAUAAGUCACAACGAUACCGUCCAAUGGCUUUACACACUCGUUGGAUCCAAGGUACAGUACAAAGUUACCUGCAAAGGAAAUAUCAUUGUACUUUUGCAUUUGACCAUCUAACGGCUGUAAAACAUGCAAGACCGACCUCCUUGGUAGUGUGACAGCUCUCCCCAGCCCUCUGAUGGCCAGGUCGACCUAUUUUCUCCCUUCAAUCCCUCUCUCUCUGUCCCCCCCCCCCCCCCCCCCCCUCUCUCUCUCUCUCUCUCUCCCCUCUCUCCUCUCUCUCUCUCUGUCCUCUCAGUCUCUCUCGCCUCACACUCUCUCGCUGUCCUCUCGAUCUCUCUCUUUCUCUCUCUCUCCCUCUCUCUCUCCCUCUUUCUCCUCUGGGCGAGGGUGUCUCCCUGCAUUUCCUGCUCUAACCGAUUCUUCUCUCCUCUGCUCCUGCUUCCUGGCCAAGUGUAACACACAGCAUGGUUUUGAUCAUGUCCCGGCCAGGCACUCACUUUAUUAGACACAGAUCUUCACAUCCCUUAGUUUUUUUUCUCUAUUUCUCUGUCUUUCUUUCUCUUUUCUGGCUUUACGUUCUGGCUGUACCAUGCCUCGGCAUUAUUCACCCCUACAAGUACAAUCCCUGUUCCCUUAUUUCCUACACAUCCUAUCAGGCCAUUAUCUCAACCACUCAGGGCAGUCAGAGCAGGAAAACCUCUUAUCAGGCACUAUGUAAUGACCCAUUUAAACCCUAUCAGGGUUAACAUGCAUGCUGUACCACGUUGGUCACAUUUAAACCCUAUCAGGGCUAACAUUAAUGGUGUACCUCGCUGGUGACUGAAGCCAGGGAUGUUAUUGUGCCUAUAUAGUUAUAACAUGCAGAAUGUGUUCGUGUGUUGUGUGCGUGUGCGUGCGUGUGUGUGUGUGUGUGUGUGUGUGUGUAUGUGUGUGCGUGUGCGCGUGCGCGUGUGUGUGUGUGUGUGUAGUUCCGUCUGGUAGUGAAGACAGCUCUGAAACUGUUACUGGUGUUUGUGGAGUACACUGAGCCCAACGCUGCCCUGCUCAUCCAGGCUGUCAACACCGUGGACACUACGGGAGGUAGGACAGACCAGACCACUACCCUACCCUACACACACACACACACACACACACACACACACACACACACACACACACACACACACACACACACACACACACACACACACACACACACACACACACACACACACACACCCACACACACAUUGUAGACACUACGGGAGGUAAGUGGGUGUGUUUAUUGAAAAAGACUGUAAAUCUCUCCCCUGGUGGGGUUCAGUUACCUGCCUCUGUAAAAGCUCCACAUUGUGUCCUCUCCAGUAGCGGGGUGAGGUGUGUGUGUGUCUCAACUCUGUCUAAGCCCAUCACUCAUGUGGCUGUGUAAGGAGAGAGAACCUGAUACCAGGAGCUCUGGGUGAGACUGAGACGGUCCAUGACCCUACUAUCUGACUGCGGCGCUGCCUUAAACACACACACACACACACACACACUACUACUACCCUGGAAACUGUUCGGGACACUUGAGCUGCCUCCAACUUGGUAAUACAAGUCCAACUGUACAUUAUCUACCCCUGAUAUCAUUACUGUUUCAGCUUCUAUUAGUCUAAUAUUACAUGAUCUACUGAUAUCAUUACUGUUUCAGCUUCUAUUAGUCUAAUAUUACAUGAUCUACUGAUAUCAUUACUGUUUCAGCUUCUAUUAGUCUAAUAUUACAUGAUCUGCUCCUGAUAUCAUUACUGUUUCAGCUUCUAUUAGUCUAAUAUUACAUGAUCUACUGAUAUCAUUACUGUUUCAGCUUCUAUUAGUCUAAUAUUACAUGAUCUACUGAUAUCAUUACUGUUUCAGCUUCUAUUAGUCUAAUAUUACAUGAUCUCCUCCUGAUAUCAUUACUGUUUCAGCUUCUAUUAGUCUAAUAUUACAUGAUCUCCUCCUGAUAUCAUUACUGUUUCAGCUUCUAUUAUUCUAAAAUUACAUGAUCAACUGAUAACAUUACUGUUUCAGCUUCUAUUAGUCUAAUAUUACAUGAUCUACUCCUGGUUUCCAUAUUGUUCAGUUCAACGUGUCUUUUCUCUGUCUGUAUGAUUAAUUUGCAUGCAGAGCGUAGCUGGAUUGUGGUACCUUUGGACCAACUGUGUGGUGUGUGAUUUGUGGUGCAGGCUGUAAGCUGUGGUCCAAUGCCAUGGAGAUUCUGGAGGAGAAGGAUGGGGUGGACACAGAGCUGCUGGUAUAUGCCAUGAGCCUCAUCAACAAGGUGGGUCUCUCUCUCUCUUCAUCUCUCUCUCUCUAGAGAGGGGCGCGGCGGGCGGAGCGGCAGGAGGCGCAGAGCGAGGCGAGAGCGGCGAGCGGGCGCGGCAGAGAGCGGGCGAGAGCGCGCGCGCGAGCGCGAGAGCGCGCGGCGCGGAGAGGGCGCGCGCGAGAGGGCGGCAGAGCGAGCGAGGGGCGGCGAGGAGGAGAGCGAGCAGGAGAGAGCGCGCGCGAGAAGAGAGGCGCGCGCGGGGCGACGAGAGCGCGGGGAGCGCGCGCGGAAGCGCCACCGAGCGCGCUCUCUCAGUCCCUCUCUCUCUCUCCCCUCUCUCUCUCCUCUCCUCUCUCGUUCACUCUCUCUCGCGCUACCUCUCUCGCCUCUCUCAUUCAUCUCGCUCUCUGCUUCAUCUCGCUCUCCUGGUCAUCUCUCCUCUCUCUCUCGCUCUCUCCUUCAUCUCUCCUCUCUCGCCUCAUCUCGCUCUCUCUCUCACCCCUCACUCUCUCUGCUUGAUCAUCUACUCGUCUCGUCACGCUCCGUCUCUUCCUCUUCCUCUCCAUAACUCUCCUCUCGCUCUCCUCUACUUCCUCUCUCCUCUUCACUCUCUCUCUCAUCGCCGUCCGAUCUACCGUCUCUCUCUCAUCUCUCUCUUCCUCUCUCUCCUCCGGCUCAUCUCCCCUCCUCUCUCUCUCUCAUCUCUCUCAGCUCCUCUCAUCUACCCCUCUCAUCUCCCACGCUCUCUCCUCGCAGCCUCAUCUCGCUAUAUCUACUCUCGCUCUCUUUAUCUUCGCUCCUCCAGCCUCGCAUCUCUCUAGAGCUGCAUCGGGGGGUGAUCUCUCCUCUCUACAGCGGGGAGGGGCGUCGGCUCUCGCGUAUCGCUCUUAUCGGCGGCUUUCUCUCUCUCGUCCUCGCGAACGCUUCUGGUGCGGCGCUCUCUCUCUCUCUCAUCUCCUCUCUCACUAUCUCUUCAUCUCUCUCUCAUCUUUCUCCUCUUCAGCUAUCUCUCUCUCUUCAUCUAUCUCUAUCUUCAUCUCUCUCUCUCUCUUAAUCUCUCUCUCUCUCUUCAUCUCUCUCCAUCUCUCUCUCUUUUCAUUCCUCUCUCUCUCCAUCUCUUUUUCUCUCUCUACAUUUCGCUCGCAUCUCUUUCUCUCUUAUUUUAUUUCUCUCUUUCUACAUCUCUCUCUCACUCUACGUCUCUCUCUCUACAUCUCUCUCUUUACAACUCUUUCUCUCUCUCUCUCUCCCCCUCCCUCAACAAAUCUAAAUGAUGACAUUUGUGUGUGUUUCAGACCCUAGCGGGCCUGCCUGACCAGGACUCAUUCUAUGACGUGGUGGACUGUUUGGAGGAGCAGGGUAUCGAGGCCAUGUCUCAGAGACACCGCAGUAGGAAGGGAACAGACCUGGACCUCAUGGAGCAGUUUAACAUCUACGAGGUACGCCAGUCACAAGGUCUCCCACCUAAACCUCCACAUUCUCCCAAUGACACCGCGGCUUAGUGUAAUUCUCUUCCUGGCUUAGCCACUUAACUAGUUUGUUGUGGAAACACUACCAGAGCGCUAUAAGGACAACACUUGGUCAUGUAUAAAAAUAAAUACUUGACAAGCUUGAUUUAGUUUGCCCUCAAUGGGACCAAUGGAAUAGUCCUAAAGUGUUGACCCAUGUCUACUAGGGACCUCAUGUCCCCUGCUAGUCUAACUGUCCCCUGUUGUGCCUCCAGACUGCUCUGCGCCACGAGGAUGGAGACGACGAGAGCCAGGCGCCUACCGUGGGUCGGAAGAACCGGCGACGUGCUAGCGUGGGGGGCACCAACGACCGGCGAGGCCUGGAGAGGAGACGCAGCCGGAGACACUCCCUCCAGAACGGGAGAGGCCCCGCCUCGGCCCCCGCUUCCCCCAGCAGCCCCCACUUUCACGGGGGACACAACGGUAGCUUCCUGCCCUUCGGAGGCCAGGGCAUCGACGACGUCAGCGAAAGGUGAGGUGGAGGGGAGGAGAGGGGAAUGGGGGGGGGGGGCAAACAGGAGAAGGGGAGGCGGAGAGGUAGAAAGUGUGAAUGGGUUAAAGGGAGAAGGAUAUCCCUGCUUCUAUUGUUAACUGAAACUUGCCAAUAUGAUCUUAAAUGGUCAGCUGAAAUGGUUCAGUUUAUUUUUACUUCACUACCCAGAGAAGUCAGCUGUGAGGAACAGGAAAACACACAGAUGAUUCUGGAUCCACGAUACAGUUCAGAACAGGAAAGGGUUUGACUGCCAGUGUUGUAUUACAUUACAGUCUUGGACAGAUGUGUGUGUUCCAACCAGAGCCAAUAUGAAUGAAGAAUGUAAUUAUAUAGUAAUAAAAGAAAGACAGAGCAUGGGCUGCUAUUGCAAAGUGACGUUUAGAUUCAUCUUCAGUCGUUUUGUGACCUCGUGGAGCUGCUGAAGGAAAUAGGAAGCUUCUGUAAACACAGUGAUAGGAGUUAUUAUUAGUUAUUACUGCGGCUCUAUCCCAAACAGCACCCUAUUACCUAUGUAGUGAACUACUUUUGUCAAUAAAGGUACCAUUUGUCAUGUUUCCUUUUGAGGGAGUGUUUGUUGAAUUUCAACCAACACUGCAUUAGUUUUAAUUCAGUAAUGUUCAUGUAUACAAAACCAUUAGGAAUUCACACUUAACUAAAGCAAAAUAAUAAUGUAUUUUAUUUAAUAUUUUUUGUGUGAUACAAUUUGACUACCGGUCUGGUGUGCUCAUUACGGUAACAGAAAUCGUCUUUGUCUUUGCCUAAGGAAAUUAUUAUUUGUGAACUCUUGGUCCCAGUGUUAUAGACUCACUGGACAAUAAUAUAAAUAUAAUACAUGUAAUAUGAUAAGAACUUCUCUGUUAACCACCACAGGUACAUUACAUAUUUUAAUUAUGGCCAUUUAACAGACGCUCUUCUCCAGAGCCACUUACAGUCAGUGCAUUCAACUAAGUUAAAUAGGCAACCACAUAUCACAGUCAUUGCAAACCUUCCUAUGUUUCAAGAUGAACUGGUAAAGGACCAAUGAUAAAACUAUACUACAGUGCCUUCAGAAAGUAUUCAUACCCCUUGACUUAUUCCACAUUUUUGUUGUUACAGCCUGAAUUCAAAAUUGAUUAAAUAUAUUUUUUUCUCUCACCCAAUCUACACACAAUACCCCAUAAUGACAAAGUGAAAACAUGUUUUUAGAAAUGUCUGCAAAUGUAUUGAAAAUGAAAUACUGAAAUAUCUAAUUUACAUGAGUGUUCACACCCCUGAGUCAAUACAUUGUAGAAGCACCUUUGGCAGCGAUCACAGCUGUGAGUCUUUCUGGGUAAGUCUCUAAGAGCUUCCACCUGGAUUGUGCAACAUUUGGCCAUCAUUCUUUUCAAAAUUCUUCAAGCUCUGUCAAAUUGCUUGUUAAUCAUUGCUAGACAACAAUUUUCAGGUCUUGCCAUAGAUUAUCAAGCAGAUUUAAGUCAAAACUGUAACUAGGGCCACUCAGGAACAUUAACUGUGUUCUUGCUAAGCAACUCCAGUGUAGAUUUGGCCUUGUGUUUUAGGUUAUCGUCCUUCUGAAAGGUGAAUUCAUCUCCCAGUGUCUGGUGGUAAGCAGACUGAACUAGGUUUUCCUCUAGGAUUUAGCUCCAUUCCGUGUCUUUUUUAUCCUGAAAAACCCCCCAGUCCUUUAAUGAUUACAAGCAUACCCAUAACACGAUGCAGCCACCACUAUGCUUGAAAAUAUGGAGAGUGGUAUUCAGUAAUGUGUUGUAUUGGAUGUGCCCCAAACAUAAAACGUUGUAUUCAGGACAAAAGGUUAAUUGCUUUGCCACCUUUUUUGCAGUAUUACUUUAGUGCCUUGUUGCAAAUAAAUAUGCAUGUUUUGGAAUAUUUUUAUUCUGUACAGGCUUCCUUUUACUCUGUAAAUUAUGAUAGUAUUGUGGAAUAACUACAAUGUUGUUGAUCCAUCCUCAGUUUUCUCCUAUCACAGCCAUUAAACUCUGUAACUGUUUUGAAGUCACCAUUGGCCUCAUGGUGAAAUCCCUGAGCGGUUUCCUUUCUCUCCGGUAACUGAGUUAGGAAGGACACCUGUAUCUUUGUAGUGACUGGGUGUAUUGAUACACCAUGCAAAGUGAAAUUAAUAACCACCAUUCUCAAAGGGAUAUUCAAUGUCUGCUUUUUUAUUUUGACCUAUCUACCAAUAGGUGCCUUUCUUUGCAAGGCAUUGGAAAACCUCCCUGGUCUUUGUGGUUGAAUCUGUGUUUGAAAUUCACUGCUCAACUGAGGGACCUUACAGAUAAUCAUAUGUGUGGGGUACAGAGAUGAGGUAGUCAUUUAAAUCAUGUUAAACACUAUUAUUGCACACAGAGCAACUUAUUGUGUGACUUGUUCAGCAAAUUGUUACUCCUGAAAUUAUUUAGGCUUGCCAUAACAAAGGGGUUGAAUAUUUAUUUACUCAAGACAUUUCAGCUUUUCAUGUUUAAUUAAUUUGUAAACAUUUUGAAAAACAUAAUUCCACUUUGACAUUAUGGGGUAUUGUGUUUAGGCCAGUGACAAAACAUCUCAAUUGAAUCCAUUUUAAAUUCAGGCUGUACCACAACAAAAUGUGGAAAAAGUCAAGGGGUGUGAAUACUUUCUGAAGGCACUGUAUGAUGGCUACCUUUCCCCCUGCCACACAUAACAUCCUCCCGUCCACCAUUAAUAAUGACAGUUCCUUUUAACUAGCAUAUCUGGUAGCGUUACUGGUAGCACUCCUGUUCGGUUCUGCAGAUAGUUGAAUUGAACCCAGAGGGUUAUAUGAUACUGACUCCCACCAGUCCAGUCCACCACACACAGGAAAUUCAGACCACCUUUGAAGAUCAGUGUUUUCCAUAUCGGUAAUGAAACACAGGCGGGUGGGCCAAAGGAGACCUGACAGCACAAUGUCCCUAGAAAGACUCGUAUGCAUAUGAUGUAUGCGAGAAUCCUUUAUUGAUUAAAACAUUCCAGAUAUGACCUCACAGUCACACUAGUCAAUGGUUGCAUCCCAAGUGGCACCAUUGUCCUAUAUUGUGCACUACUUUUGACCAGGGCCCAUAUGGCUCUGGUCAAAAGUAGUGCACUAUGUAGGGAAUAGGGUGCCAUUUGGGACGUACACUAUGAUCAUUGAUCAACCUCUGGUCCGGGGACUGUUACUGGUCCCUAAGAUGUUACUGGCUGGUCCCUCAGAUGGUUAGCUGACAUCGAUUUAGUCAGUUCUCAUGCUGGUUUUAAUGUUAUCAAGCACUGUAUGUAGUGAAUGAAAUGAGGACAUACUAACUAAAAGCAUGAACCUCUUUCAACUAUACCGCCUUGUGUACUAAUUUUUACGUCCCGUGUCAGUUUUGACAGGGUGUGCUGUGUGUUCUACAUUCUGUCUGUCAGUUCUUUGUGUUUCAGUUUUCUACUGUAUUUUGUUCAUGUUGUCUGUUGCAAUUUCUCCUACUUUCCCUCUUUCUUCUCUUUCCCGUCUAUUUUCUCCCUUCCCUCCCCUCCAUCCACACCUCCACCCCUCCUUUUCAGAGAGGAGGAAGAGGAUGAGGAGGAAGAGGAGGAGGAGGAUGAGGAAGAGGAAGAUGAUGAGAGUCAUGAUAUCACGGAGACCACUAGAAAGGGCUUCCAAAGGUAUUUCAGGAAAAUAGGUUUCCCCCCCAAAUAGAACCUCAUCUUCUGCAUCUUUCUUUCAGUCUUGUCCUCCAUCCAUCUCUCCUUCCUGGACGAUAUUGAGUGUUGUUAACAGUGUACUGGUGUGUUAGAACUACAAAAAAAGCAUAUCUGUUAUUUUAAACUUGUAAUGUAUUCCCCUUGAAUAUACCCCACCCCCUUUGUCCUACCUUUUGCUCUGCUACUCUGUUGUUCUAGCAUGGUGCCAGUGCAGGCAGUAGAGGCCUCCUCUAGCUUGUGUUCUCCUUUUCACUGUAUGGUCAACCUCAUCCCUGACGCCUCGGCUGCCUCAGAGAGAGAGAGAGAGAGAGUGGCCAUGGCCAGCCCUACGGCCCCUGUGUCCACCCCCCCUAGAAACACUGGCUCUAACCCCCAGGAUGUCUCUCCUAGUCCCAGACCGACUUCCCAGGUCUUAACGCUGCUGGGCUGGGGGAGACUGCCAGGCACUGCCCACCCUCUGGGCCAACAGCAAGGCACCUCUGUACCUUCCUCUUCCUCCCCCUACUGCUCCUCCUCUCCCUCGAGGGGACGUCGUCAUCCCUACAUCCAACCCCCCAAGCCCCUCUCCCUCCCCCGCCCCCUCCCCCUCCCCCCUGAGGUGGACCUGAGCCAGGUGUCUGCCUCUGCUGGGGCCAAGGAGAGUGUUGAGAGGGGCGUGGCCAGACAACAGCGUUACAGGUAGAGACGCUGCAGCAGCAGGAGCUAUACAGUUCACUUCUUCACCUCUGGCGUUAGAUUCACUAUGAACUCUUAAAUAUGCACUGUCAUCCCUCAACACUGGUGUCUGUGUCUUCAUGCCUGCCUGGCUUGCUCCCUCACAAUCCACUUGGCUGAGAAGCUGCUGUACUGAAUGUAUUUUGGACAGGGGCAUAGACAUAGUGUUGAUGUCUACCGUGUCAGACAGAUUCUGUGUUGUCGUGUCAUAUCUGCUUUCCGUGGCAUACGAGACACUUGUAGUUGGUCUCCCUCAUGCAUGUUAUGGAUGCUUUAACUUGUGUCCAAUUGAACACUACUUUAGCUUGCCUCAGCAUUCCUUUGACCUUUAAAGGUCCAGUGCAGUCAAAAACGUGAUUUUCCUAUGUUUUAUAUAUAUUUCCACACUAUAAGAUUGGAAUAAUAAUGUGAAAUUGUGAAAAAAAAAUGAUAAUGCCCUUUUAGUGUAAGAGCUGUUUGAAAAGACAGCCUGAAAUAUCAGCCUGUUUUGAUGGGAUGAAGUUUUGGCCUGCCUGGUGACAUCACCAGGCGGUAAAUGAGUUUCAUAAAUGAAACACCACAAUGUACAUUUAACCAUUUAUUAGAAAAGAUUACAAUGCAUAGUGUUGGUAUUAGGGCUCUGCUUCCUUCAGGGUAGCUCACUGCCAGAGCGAAGCGUCAUAUGAAGAUGAUAAAAUAACUACAGGCAGUGAGCACGACAUGCUAUAUCAAAUCUCCUGAAGGAAGAAACACAGAACCCACAGGUGGAGGCUGGGGUGGUGGUGGGAUAUCAGAAACAGCAAGCAUAGCGAGUAACAGCUAGUUACAGCAACAACGGCAGCAAGAGACACCAGCGCAUGCGUGCUCGUGCCAUCCAGCAUCGAGGAAGCAUGUGUAGAACUGGUUGACCGAAUGUAAGGAGAGUUUAUUUUUUUAUUUUUUUAUUUCACCUUUAUUUAACCAGGUAAGCCAGUUGAGAACAGGUUCUCAUUUACAACUGCGACCUGGCCAAGAUAAAGCAAAGUAGUGCAAUAAAAACAACACAGAGUUACAUAUGGGGUAAAAAAACAUAAAGUCAAAAAUACAACAGAAAAUACAUAUACAGUGUGUGCAAAUGUAGCAAGUUAUGGAGGUAAGGCAAUAAAUAGGCUAUAGUGCAAAAAUAAUUACAAUAGUAUUAACACUGGAAUGCUAGAUGUGCAAGAGAUUAUGUGCAAAUAGAGAUACUGGGGUGCAAAAGAGCAAAAUAAAUAACAAUAUAGGGAUGAGGUAGUUGGGUGGGCUAAUUUCAGAUGGGCUGUGUACAGGUGCAGUGAUCGGUAAGGUGCUCUGACAACUGAUGCUUAAAGUUAGUGAGGGAGAUAAGAGUCUCCAGCUUCAGAGAUUUUUGCAAUUCGUUCCAGUCAUUGGCAGCAGAGAACUGGAAGGAAUGGCGGCCAAAGGAGGUGUUGGCUUUGGGAAUGACCAGUGAGAUAUACCUGCUGGAGCGCAGACUACAGGUGGGUACUGCUAUGGUGACCAAUGAGCUAAGAUAAGGUGGGGAUUUGCCUAGCAGUGAUUUAUAGAUGGCCUGGAGCCAGUGGGUUUGACGACAAACAUGUAGUGAGGACCAGCCAACAAGAGCGUACAGGUCACAGUGGUGGGUAGUGUAUGGGGCUUUGGAGACAAAACGGAUGGCACUGUGAUAGACUACAUCCAAUUUGCUGAGUAGAGUGUUAUUUUGUAAAUGACAUCGCCGAAGUCAAGGAUCGGUAGGAUAGUCAGUUUUACGAGGGCAUGUUUGGCAGCAUGAGUGAAGGAGGCUUUGUUGCGAAAUAGGAAGCCGAUUCUAGAUUUAACUUUGGAUUGGAGAUUCUUUAUGUGAGUCUGGAAGGAGAGUUUACAGUCUAACCAGACACCUAGGUAUUUGUAGUUGUCCACAUACUCUAGGUCAGACCCGUCAAGAGUGGUGAUUCUAGUCGGGUGGGCGGGUGCCAGCAGCGUUCGAUUGAAAAGCAUGCAUUUAGUUUUACUAGUGUUUAAGAGCAGUUGGAGGCUACUGAAGGAGUGUUGUAUGGCAUUGAAGCUCAUUUGGAGGUUUGUUAACACAGUGUCCAAUGAAGGGCCAGAUGUAUACAAAAUGGUGUCGUCUGCGUAGAGGUGGAUCUGAGAGUCACCAGCAGCAAGAGCGACAUCAUUGAUAUACACGGAGAAAAGUGUCGGCCCAAGAAUUGAACCCUGUGGCACCCCCAUAGAGACUGCCAUAGGUCCAGACAACAGUGUGCCAUAGGUCCAUAGGUCCAGACAACAGUGUGAAUCCAAUUGGUGCAAUAUCCGCUGAUGCGAUCAGCUGAUGCCACCACCCUCGGGUUUCCCUUCUGAACCGGCUCCGCUUAAUUAAUAGACCAAUAAGAAAGAGAGUUCCAAACCUCUCUGCCAAUAACAGCUAGUUUUCCGUUUUCCACUCCCCACUCAAGCCACUCCCAGACAGUCCUAGCAAAAUUCUUGCUUGAGAAAUUGCUCUUUCCUAAGAAGCUAUUUUUGUUUCUUUUUGACCAUUUGAAUUGAAAGAAAUCACAGUAAGGUACACCAGGUGCCCAGUAGGCUGCUACAUUUCCCUGUCCGGUGUUUUAUGGUGCUUCUAUCAUCCGUCCCGCAUACACACGAAAAAAAGAAAGAGAAGAAUUUGAACAAAGACGUAUCAUUUCCUUGACUGAGUCAGCUGCUAGAUGUGCAACUCCAGUUGAGAACACCACGUUUUCCUGACAUUUACUGCUCAUCUGUCUUUCAUUGUGGCGUUGUACCACAGUUAAACCCAGACAUGCCUAGAAAAUAAAAUUCAAAAAUGAAAAGGCACCAUAACUCACGUUUGAGUGUCUCUUAGAUGUCUGUGUAAUGUUGUGUGGAGCUGCAGCAACAGACAUAGGAUGGAAGUAGUGUUGCCAUAUUGUGAACAGACCAGGCCAGAAGGAUGGAAAGUAGUGUUGCCAUAUUGUGAACAGACCAGGCCAGAAGUGCCUCAGUGUAUAGUCCUAGUGAACUCCCUACCUCCUAUCCCAUAUAAUCUUAAUGACCCACCCGUAAGUAGAGGUCUUUUAACUGUCGGCUUUAUGAGAAUUUAAAAAAGGUUUGAUUGUUUUUAUAGAGUAUGUAGAGUCCGUGUCGAUGGGGGGAGGGGCAGAAAUGUUGUAUUGCUUCUUGGAAUCACCAUGUAUCUUGCUACUAUCCUUCCCUCAAUCGUUCUCCACUAUUCAAUUUUCUUUGUGUUUAACCCUUGCAUGCUUCUUUCCAUCCUUACAUAUUGUACCAGACUGUCCCUAUCCUCUCUCUCUCCUCACUAUUUUCCUUCUGCAGCCAAACAGCUGUAUUGUAUAUAUCUAGAGCGCCCGUUAGUGCUGGAAGGUAAGACUUAGCCACAAGUCUUAUAAUCUUAUAGGUAAGACUUAGCCUCCAGGUUAAUACUAGUCUUAUAGGUAAGACUUAGCCUCCAGGUUAAUACUAGAGUCUGUUUGAUUGAGUGUGUGGACAGGUGUCUUUUAUACAGGUAACGAGUUCAAACAGGUGCAGUUAAUACAGGUAAUGAGUGGAGAACAGGAGGGCUUCUUAAAGAAAAACUAACAGGUCUGUGAGAGCCGGAAUUCUUACUGGUUGGUAGGUGAUCAAAUACUUAUGUCAUGCAAUACAAUGCAAAUUAAUUACUUUAAAAUCAUACAAUGUGAUUUUUUAGAUUCCGUCUCUCAGAGUUGAAGUGUACCUAUGAUAAAAAUUACAGACCUCUACAUGCUUUGUAAGUAGGAAAACCUGCAAAAUCGGCAGUGUAUCAAAUACUUGUUCUCCCCACUGUAGGUAAGACUUAGCCUCCAGGUUAAUUCUAGUCUUAUAGUCUUAUAGGUAAGACUUAGCCUCCAGGUUAAUACUAGUCUUAUAGUAUUAUAGGUAAGACUUAGCCUCCAGGUUAAUAAUAGCCUUAUAGUUUUAUAGGUAAGACUUAGCCUCCAGGUUAAUAUUAGCCUUAUAGUUUUAUAGGUAAGACUUAGCCAGCUUAAUACUAGUCUUAUAGGUAAGACUUAGCCUCCAGGUUAAUACUAGUCUUAUAGUCUUAUAGGUAAGACUUAGCCUCCAGGUUAAUACUAGUCUUAUAGGUAAGACUUAGCCUCCAGGUUAAUACUAGUCUUAUAGGUAAGACUUAGCCUCCAGGUUAAUACUAGUCUUAUAGUCUUAUAGGUAAGACUUAGCCUCCAGGUUAAUACUAGUCUUAUAGUCUUAUAGGUAAGACUUAGCCUCCAGGUUAAUACUAGUCUUAUAGUAUUAUAGGUAAGACAGCCUCCAGGUUAAUACUAGUCUUAUAGUCUUAUAGGUAAGACUUAGCCUCCAGGUUAAUACUAGUCUUAUAGUAUUAUAGGUAAGACUUAGCCUCCAGGUUAAUACUAGUCUUAUAGUAUUAUAGGUAAGACUUAGCCUCCAGGUUAAUACUAGUCUUAUAGUAUUAUAGGUAAGACUUAGCCUCCAGUUAAUACUAGUCUUAUAGUCUUAUAGGUAAGACUUAGCCUCCAGGUUAAUACUAGUCUUAUAGUCUUAUAGGUAAGACUUAGCCUCCAGGUUAAUACUAGUCUUAUAGUCUUAUAGGUAAGACUUAGCCUCCAGGUUAAUACUAGUCUUAUAGUCUUAUAGGUAAGACUUAGCCUCCAGGUUAAUACUAGUCUUAUAGUAUUAUAGGUAAGACUUAGCCUCCAGGUUAAUACUAGUCUUAUAGUCUUAUAGGUAAGACUUAGCCUCCAGGUUAAUACUAGUCUUAUAGUAUUAUAGGUAAGACUUAGCCUCCAGGUUAAUACUAGUCUUAUAGUUCUAUAGGUAGCCUUCUAUGUCUCUGCUAUCUUAGGGCAUCUAUUUAGAGACUGUACACGCAGGGGGGGAAUUGAGGGGAAUUCGGUUCCCUUUAGUGAAACAAAUUUCUACAUAAAACUCAUUUCUACAUUUCUACAUUUCUAAAUGUUUUUUUAGCUGAAUUCCUAGUGAUUUGACAGUGGUGACCUGGAUACGCUGUAGAUUUAAAUGAUGUGUCAGUGCUCUCCGGCUGUAUCAAACACACCAUGACACAGCAGUGACCCCUGCUGCUGCAUGCUGAGCACGUCUUGGAAUGCAACGCUGCUCGCUUCACUCUCUCAUUCAACAGAGCCAUUAAGAAGCACCUUAGAAAGCAGCAGGGCUGUUGAGGGUCAGCUCUGCUCUUGAGUACAGUCAUUUCCUCCCUUAAAUUGAAUCCCACUCAAGUCCCGCUGCUCGUGGCUGUGUGCUUGGCUUGGGUGUCUGUCGACUGCCUUUCAUGACCUCCACAGGCAGAGGAAGUGUCCCAAAGCGUACCCUAUCCCAUAUAUAGUACAAAACCUUUGACCAGAGCCCAUAGGGCACUAUAUUGGGAAUAGGGUGCCAUUUUGGGCCGCACGCAGAGAGUGGAAUAAGCCUGAUACCUCCUGGCUGCUGACGCCAGCUGCCCAGAGAGAGUGGAAUAAGCCUGAUGCCUCCUGGCUGCUGACGCCAGCUGCCCAGAGAGAGUGGAAUAAGCCUGAUGCCUCCUGGCUGCUGACGCCAGCUGCCCAGAGAGAGUGGAAUAAGCCUGAUGCCUCCUGGCUGCUGACGCCAGCUGCCCAGAGAGAGUGGAAUAAGCCUGAUGCCUCCUGGCUGCUGACGCCAGCUGCCCAGAGAGAGUGGAAUAAGCCUGAUGCCUCCUGGCUGCUGACGCCAGCUGCCCAGAGAGAGUGGAAUACGCCUGAUUCCUCCUGGCUGCUGACGCCAGCUGCCCAGAGAGAGUGGAAUACGCCUGAUUCCUCCUGGCUGCUGACGCCAGCUGCCCAGAGAGAGUGGAAUACGCCUGAUUCCUCCUGGCUGCUGACGCCAGCUGCCCAGAGAGAGUGGAAUAUGCCUGAUUCCUCCUGGCUGCUGACGCCAGCUGCCCAGAGAGAGUGCUAGCAAGGCUGUCCUCAUAGAGCAGUGUGAGAUGUGUGGGGAUAAAGCGAUAGAAAACUAUACUGUCAGUGUAUACCCAUGAUGAUAAUAGAUGUCAUGGUCAUACACAGGACUACAGUCAGCCUUGGUUUAGUCAACACUGUACAACCACAGCUUUUUAACACACAGUGGGAAAGGAACGUGUCUGGUAUUUUCUGACACUAUACUUUGAGUUAGUGAAUGUCACUCAGUGACCGAAUCAAAGCCAAGAGUUGAGCCGUGAAACUUACAGCAGCAGAGCACCUGUUUGACCAAAGACCAUGAAUCUCUACAAUCCCGGCAUAGUGGGAAAAUGUAGGGCUGAGUCCCAAACACCACCCUAUUCCCUUUAUAGUGUACUACUUUUGACAAGGGCCCAAGUGGCUCUGGUCAAAAGUAGUGCACUAUAUAGGGAAUAGGGUGGUGUUUGGGACACACAUCCUUAGUGUUGGGAAUGAUAGCAGUGAAUAACAAUGUUUCCUCCUCCUGUUGUUUCCAGCCGACACAUAGGCCACGUCAUGGCGCUCCCUGGCAGGUCCCAGGGUGUAGCCAGCUCCAGCGUCAGCGCCCCCACCACCCCUGUACACCGCUCCCAGGGUGUUGCCAGCGCCCCCACCACCCCUGUACACCGCUCCCAGGGUGUUGCCAGCGCCCCCACCACCCCUGUACACCGCUCCCAGGGUGUUGCCAGCGCCCCCACCACCCCUGUACACCGCUCCCAGGGUGUUGCCAGCGCCCCCACCACCCCUGUACACCGCACCUUCGCCACCUCAGGGGCCCCACAACUGGACUCCAAGCCUGACAGGUCAGCACUCAAUCAAUCAAUCAAUCAAUUAAAUAAGCCAUCUCUGUGUAUGGGUCUGUUUCAGACCUGGGUUGAAAUAUUAUUUGUUUUCUUUCCAGUACUUUAGGUGCGCUUGUUUUAUGGAAUAGUAAUACGGCUUUAAUAAUAAUGGUCUUCCUCUGUUGGGUUACCCAGACCUUCUCUGGGGAGCUUGUUGUCCUCCUCUUACAGACAACACCAGGAGUCUCUGACUGCAGAGAGAGAGAGGAGGAGACAAGAGAGGGAGGAACGACUGCAGAAGAUCGAGAGGGAGGAGAGGAAACGCUUCAAGUGAGUCCCAACCUGCAUCAAAUCACACUACUCAUAGAUGGAAUUGUCCUUUUGACAUUCACAUUGCAGUCCAGUUCAUUUAAAGUCCCAAACCAAUUCACCAGAUUAAACACGGCUUUAUAAACUUCUCUGUAAUGUUAACGUCUGGAGUGAUUUAGUUUUGUCUGGGAUGAAUAAGAGUCUGAGCCUUGUUCCACAAUAUAUCAGACGGGUUGGAGAUGUUUAGAGACUGGACAUACUUGUCUGUCUGUCUGUUUAUUAUGGUCAUCAGUCAGGGAUAUACUGUGGAUCUAAGGAGGAGAUACAUGGUCUGCGUCCCAAAUGGCACCCUAUUGGGCCCAUAGGUCUCUGGUCAAAAGUAGGGCACUUAUUAGGGGAUAGGGUGCCAUUUGGGGUGCAGCCAUGGUUCGGCAGAAAACAAAUGCCUGCUGGCCUGCCUUUUACUUGUUUUCUAUGGCCAUAUAAAGUCCUGGAUGUCAGACGGACCGCUGGAAAGCUCCUCUGGUCUGUGUGUCUCCUCUGUCAUGUCGGACUGUUUCUCUCCCACAGUAUUUACAACUAUUCACACUGUCUCAUUGGUUAACUAAGGAUGUCUUUUAAAAAGGUACUAUAGAAUGUGAAUGAAAACAAAUAUGAGUUGAUAUGCACAAUAAGAUAUAGCUCUCACAUUAUUUUCACAUACUGUCGCUCUCUCUCUCUCUCUCUCUCUCUCUCGCUCUCUCUCACUCUCUCUCUCUCUCUCUCUCUCACUCACUUACUUGGAACAUUAUCAGUCGGGAUUACAUGGACAAGAGGGAAGAGACAAGACAGGCCAGAGAAGAGAGGUAUGUUGUCUACUUUCAUUUCUAAUAUGCAAAUAGACACAGUGCUGUCUAGCAAUGUAGAUUCUAGAAUGAUUCAGAUAGACACUGUGCUCUAUAUCAAUGUAGAUUCUAGAAUCCUUCAGAUAGACACAGUGCUCUAUAAGAAUGUAGAUUCUAGAAUCAUUCAGAUAGACACAGUGCUCUAUAUCAUGUACAAUAGGUUCUAGAAUCAUUCAGAUAUAAACAGUGCUCUAUAUAAAUCUAGAUUCUAGAAUCAUUCAAAUAGACACAGUGCUCUAUAUCAAUGUAGAUUCUAGAAUCAUUCAGAUAGACAUAGUGCUCUAUAUACAUCUCGAUUUAGAAUCAUUCAGAUAGACACCGUGCUCUAUAUCAAUGUAGAUUCUAGAAUCAUUGACACAGUGCUCUAUAUAAAUCUAAAUUCUAGAAUCAUUCAGAUAGACACAGUGAUCUAUAUCAAUGUAGAUUCUAGAAUCAUUCAGACACAGUGCUCUAUAUACAUCUAUAUUCUAGAAUCAUUCAGAUAGACACAGUGCUCUAUAUCAAUGCAGAUUCUAGAAUCAUUCAGAUGUAAUAAAUACAUCAUAAUGACCCUGACAUGAGGUAGUAAUAUGCCUUGAAACCUUUUUGAGGAGAACUCUUAGCAGAUGUAGAACAAGUCAGGCUCAGCCUCUGGGCUGAAAUAUAGGUGUCAGGCCCCCUCUAGGCCUGCUGCUGUGCAUUAAGACAUCUACAACUGAAUGGGACGAGGUGUGGAAUUGGCUUUAAGUCCUGGAUACGGUCCAGAUAAUGUAGGCUAUGCAUGUGUAAUGUACCACCUUCCAGACAUAUGUAUGUUCAGUGUUAUUUAAAACAGGAAUCCGAGGUUAUGUUUGCUGCCUUUUUAAAAUGUAUGUUCAGUAAAUUGAUAAGAUUUUCAGUCACCUAACCUCUGACUGAAUGGAGAGUGAUGUAUAAAUCAAGAUUAAACACUAUUAUAAGACCCAUCUGUGGAGAAGUCGCUGUAGUAUACUGUAGGUGUCUUCUAAGAUUUAUGUGUCAAUUAAGCACCUGGAGACAUCCGAGAAGCAUCACAGAGUCCCAGACAUUUGGCCACUGUUUCAGAAAAGGAAGUGUGAGGGAACUGACUACAGUAUAUUACUGGUGGGGGGUGGCAGUAGCCUCGAGGUUAGAGAAGCGGGAAUCUUCUUCUACCCCCAUGAGAUAGAGAUUAUAUUACAGUAGACCUGCACAGGUGGAGUAACAUCCUUUCUGAAGAAUAUUCUGUGACUCCCUCUUCCAGAUAUAAGUGCGUUGAGAGGCUCGCAGCAGAGGAGCAUGAGAAAGAGAGAGAGCGCACGAGAGCGCCACCUAGGGGUCGCACAGAGAUCACCCUGAGCCUGAGCCCCACCCCCUCCAGUCACUCCGCCUCCCCCCGCUGUGUCACGCCCUCCUCCAUCGCCUCUCCGGAAGAGACUGGCACCACUCCAUCCCAGACAUCCCAGACGCAGGGUAAAUAACCUUUUCCAAACGUUUAACCAACAUUACAGCUCCCAUCCCAGACGCAGGGUAAAUAACCUUUUCCAAACGUUUAACCAACAUUACAGCUCCCAUUCCAGACGCAGGGUAAAUAACCUUUUCCAAACGUUUAACCAACAUUACAGCUCCCAUCCCAGACGCAGGGUAACAUAAUGUUCUACAGACAUUUAACAAUCAUUACCGGUCCAAUAAGUUGUAUGUAUUUGUUGUUUAUUCUUUAUCCGGAUGAGUCCCUGGCCAAGAGGUAGCAGCUUAAGCAACCAUAGUACAGCACAGUAUAAAACAAUACAAAACGGGACAAAACAACACAACCGGAAUAAAAUGGAACGACUAGUAAAGUGAUUUCAAACAGGAUGGGAGCAUGGACAGAGUGUAUGGUUGGCAACAUGCAGUCGGCUGGCAGAGAGCUCCUGUCCACCUGUCAUGCUUCCUGGGGUCUGAAUUAACACAUGGGGGGUGAUUCACUCACACUUUGGAAUUAGAAUCAGAUGGACUAAUAAUGGCUGCAUGGUGCCUGUUGGGGGGAAAAAUCAGCAGGACUUGAUAAGAAAGGGAUUUAAUUGUUGUUUUUCUGUGUGCUUCAGAAUGAGGUGUCUGUAAGUGUAUGUUGCUAAAUCCCAAAUACGUUUUGGGAUGGGAUGGACAUUACUUUAGCUGCCUGUGGGGAAAUGGUUUGAAUGAUGGUUUGAAGCAGAGUGAGAGGCUAGCUUUUCGGUCCCAGGCAUACCCCAGUGAUUUGUAUGUGACUGUAGUGUGGUUUUGGCUGUGGUAGCGCUAGCCGCUAGGGUGUGGACCUCUUAAUGUGGGGUUCCAUUCACAUCCUACAGUAGGAGCCAGGAAGAGGUGUGGUGGACUGUGGACUGGACUACAGCAUUGACCAUAGAGGGGACAAGCCUUUCAAUACCUCACAGACUCAGUUAUGAUGAUACAUGAAUGAAUAUCAUGAGAACUAGAUGUUGUUAGUCUGGGGUGGUUAUUCUAACCCACCAAAAUGGGAUAAUGGGAUAAAAUGAGGUGUUGAAUCUAAUUUCGAAACACAUUGUCAUCAUAGCUGUUAAUACAUUUCCUGUAACAUUCAAUUAAGUAUGAAAUUACAUGCUUAACGACUUGUGCUCUGGACCGAAAUCUAGACAAUUUAUCAUUUGAAUUAAUGAAAUGUCACAGGGCAAUUUCAUGGUAUUUACAUUAUAAAAAUAUCAUUUAAAAAUGAUAUCAGAUGAUAUUAAAAUGGCACACAAUCUAAACCCCUACAGUAGUGUUCUGUUUUGUUUGGUCCUGUUUUCUCUACCAGGAAGUGAAGUAGACGUAGAGCCAAGCCGUGACCUUCAGACCAGAACUACAAGUCCAGUGCCAGAGUUAAUAGUAUCAGGACCUUCUCCAGAACCCACAGAGCCCCCCUCCCAAACUCACUCGGCGCCAGGCGAGGAGCAGACGGAGACAGAGACGCAGAAAGAGAAGCAGGAAGUAGUUGAAGUUGAGCCCAAGCAGGAAGUACUAGAGCUAGUGGAGUCAGCGGUAGAUGAACAGACACAGGGUAAAGAGGAGGAAGAAAGUGAGGAGGAGGAGGAGAAGGGUAAGGAGGAAGAGAGACAGUCAGGGAAUGAGGUGGAGAGAGAGGUAGAAGAGGUAGAGAGAGAAGAGGUAGAAGAGGUAGAAGAGGGGGUAGAGGUAGAGGUAGAAGAGAAGGUAGAAGAGGGGGUAGAGGUGGAGAGAGAAGAGGUUGAGGUGGUAGAGAUAGAGGAGGAGGGAGAGAGGGAGGUGGAGGAGAGACUGGUCCUCCUCAGUGAGAAGGAGAGACAGAACGAGGAAGUGAAUGAGAAGGACAACUGUUCUGCCUCCAGUAUCUCCUCAGCCAGUAGCACUCUGGAGAGAGAGGAGAGGGAGGAGAAAGUCAACAACAACCAUGAACCAGGUACCAGCUGCCCGUUAGCAGAAAAUACAGACUUUAGGACACUUGGCCCUUUAUGACUUAAAAUAUUACUUGUGAUUUGUACCCAUACUGUAAAAUGGGACACUUCCGUAUACUGUACAUCAGUAGGCAAACAUUGAAGUUCAUGUCAUGUCAGAACAUUUCAUUCUACCCAUGCUCUCAUUACAGUUUCUGAUAUAUAGAUCUGCUCUCUAAUCUGUUCUGAAGGCUAGCAAUCCAAUAGUAAUCCAAUAGUAAUCCAAUCCACACUUCCUCCUUGUGUUUGUCCACCUCUAGGCCAGUGCAUUAAGGAGGACGACGUGAACGAGCAGUGCAGCAAGAUCCUCAACAGCAAGCGCUUCAUGCUGGACAUGCUCUAUGCCCAGAACAAAACCACUGGGGGCAAGGACGAAGAGAAGGCAGGAGAGACGGAACAGACGGAGAAAUGCAAAGAGGGGAUGGAGACGUCAUCACUGGAGGGUCAGGACGGGUCGUCGGUGGCCAGCCUGGCAAGUCGUAUCUCUACACUGGAGGCCAGCAGGCAGGCCUGCGAGGAGAACGUCAAGAAGAUAGAGGUCCAACACCUGGACAACCAGGGUAGCGUCAGGGCUGUGGCCGAGAAAUUUGGAGACCUGGUUAAAAGCCUUGUGUCGCCUCAUGAGCUGGAGGCAUUGGAGAAGCAGCAGCAGGGUCAGCUUCAACCUGAUAAAGACAAAGCUCCUCCGGCCCCCUCCUCCUCACCCCUACCUCCUAAGAAGGAGUCAGACUAUAUCUGGGACCAGCUGAUGGCAGCCCCCAGGGAGCUGCGUAUUAAAGAGAUGGACUUCACAGACCUGGCAGACGAGGAUGACCUGGACAUCCUAGACGUGGACAGUGUGCUGAUGGGCUCCAGUGACCUGAUGAUUCCUCCCCCUCCUCCCUGUCUCUCCGCCCUGCCCCCUCCCCCUCCCCCUCCCCUGGGCCUGUUCGGCUGCCCCCCACCCCCUCCUGUCCCUGGCAUGAUGCCCCCUUCCCCACCCUUCAUGCCCCCCGGCCCCGCCCAGCCCUACCCGGGGUCUCCCCAGCUGAGCCGAGGGACAGGGGAGCCCCCUCUGUUCCAGAAGAAGAAGAAGACUAUCCGUCUGUUCUGGAACGAGGUGAGGCCCAUGGACGGCCAGUACAGGAACCACAAGCGUUGUAGAGAGUCACUCUGGUCCAAACUGGAGCCGGUCAAAGUGGACACGUCCAAGCUGGAACACCUGUUUGAAACAAAGUCCAAGGAGCUACCUGUUACCAAGGUAACUUUGUUGACCAUUUUGGUACUGCAUAUUUAUACGUAUAGGAAAUGUAUGUGUUUUGCUCAAUAAAUGAAUUUGUGAAAUUGUCUCUUAAGCAUUUAGGGGCGGUUUCCCGGACACAGAUUAAGACUAAUCCAGGAAACAGCCCCAAGGAUUUUUACAGCUUGUCCUUUUCCUCCAGAGCACAUAGGUUUAGACAUCAGGUGUGAACACCUGGACAACCGGUACCCCCUGUAUAUAGCCUCCUUACUGUUAUUCUAUUGUUGCUCUUUCAUUAUUUGUUAUUCUUCUGUCUUCUUUUUUUUAUUUAUUUUUUUUACUUCAGUUUAUUUUAGUAAAUACUUUCUUAACACUUUUUUUUUUUAACUGCAUUGUUGGUUAAGGGCUUGUAAGUAAGCAUUUAACUGUAAGGUCUACACCUGUUGUAUUCGGCGCAUGUGACAAAUACAAUUUGAUUUUAUUUGAUUUUGAAGCUACUAUCCACACCUUCUGUUCUAUAUACACUCAGCAGAAUAGCACUAACCAUUGCUUCAACGUGUUGGCAAAGUCUGACCUGCAUGUCGUCUGCUAUUGUUUCUCUUCACAAUUCACUAUUUCCUUCUGUGUGUGUGUGUUCCUGUUUUGGUUUUGGCCGUUUAGCCUGUCGAGCUGGAUCCCCAUGUUCAUGCUUCAGGCUUCUUUUCAUCCACAGCAACAAAAGUAGUGCCCUAUAUAGGGAAUAGGGUGCCAUUGGCCCAUAUGGCUCUGCUCAAAAGUAGUGCACUAUAUAGGGAAUAGGGUGCCAUUUGGGACGUAACCCUGCUGUCCUUUGUGACGCUCUGACUAGACCUGCCCCACACUGUCUCCUGCUUCAACCUAUUGAAGAAUGCAGUGCAGGAUUUAAACCAGAUUGUCUUAAAUGUACUGUAGGUCAACCCUGUCGUCCCAACCUGCUAGAAGACAGAAUGAUUGAAUGUGAUGGAUUCCCUCUAAUAUCUUUUCAACCCCAUCAAAGGUGCAGCCUGUAUACAGUUUUCUCUGUCACUUUGAACUCAACUGACUCUGAGAUGGUCCAAAAAUGAAAACAGGAGAGAUGUAUAUAAAUAUAGAUGUAGCUAGAUAUAGAGAGGCCAACCGCACAGGGAGAUCAGAUCUACUGUAAAAGGUCAUAUACAGUAUUAUAGUGUUAAGUUGCGUCAAUUCAAAUCUGGUAUAAGGAACAGAAGAGGUCAAUACACGUCUUCUAAGAUAGACUAGUAUUUUAAUUAAUGCAAACACUGUUCGUAUAUACGGGCCCACUGAAACACCACGCUGGGCAGACAGAGAACUAACUUUUUCAACCCAAGGUUCUUCUUUAAUACUCUGACAGAGAUAGUUCCUGCUCCAGGCUGGGCCUGUCAGAAUAGAGGCUGGGUGUGGUUUAAACUUACCCAACCUAUCGUUGGCGCUCAGGCUGGUCCCAGACCCUUGGCGCUUCACUGUUGCCAGGUGUUAGUUGUUUCUGUUGCAGUACACAUGUCCUUGAGCAGUUUAACAAAGAGGCAGUGUGUGUGUGAAUCACAAGUCUAUCUCAGCCUACCCCCUAACGGUUCCUCACAUUAAUCACAGCUUGUUAUGUUAAACAAUCUAUAUCAGUACAGCACAAACCUAUUAUGUUUAUUCAUUAAUGUAUUCUUUCUAAGCUAGGCAUCACAUCUAGUUGUAAGAGAAUAGAUCCCCACAAUAGUCACACGGUUUUGGUCCCUUGCCCUGAUCCAUUUUGAUUGAGGCACUCUAGUUCUGAACGUUUUAACAUCUGAACUCACCGUCAUUUGUUAAUGGUGUAUUUUUAUGUUCAAAGUUUUAUGGAAUCCUUGGACUGUUUUUAUUUGUAAUAAAUUUGCACACAAAAAACAAAACCUGUUUUCGCUUUGUCAUUAUGGGGUAUUGUGUGUAGAUUGAUGAGGACAAAAUUUAAUUUGAUCCAUUUGAGAAUAAGGCUGUAACGUAAUAAAAUGUGGAAAAAGUGAAGGGGUCUGAAUACUUUUCCGAAUGCGCUGUAUAGUAUAAGACUAGUACUUUAUUGGUAUUCAUAUAAUGUCCUGUUUCUGUGUAUCUCUACUCAGAAAACAGCAGUGGAUGGGAAACGACAAGAGAUUAUUGUCCUGGACUCCAAACGGAGCAAUGCCAUCAACAUCGGGCUGACCGUCCUCCCCCCUCCCCGCACCAUCAAGACAGCCAUCCUCAACUUUGACGAGUACGCUUUGAACAAGGAGGGGAUCGAGGUAAGCUGCAUGUGAGAUGGUAUAUUGAAAUUAUUGGGCUAUUAUGAUUAUAUAUCCUAGUCGUUAUCGAUGUGUAUCUAGCAAAGUCACUGUCACCAUUAGCUCUUGAGUGUAAAUCUGUGAUGUCUAGUAAUCUCAAUGAAAGCAUGUUGGAAAAACAUAGCUCUGUGUAUUUUAUUUUAUUUUAUUUAACCUUUAUUUAACUAGGCAAGUCAGUUAAGAACAAAUUCUUAUUUACAAUGACGGCCUACCAAAUGGCAAAAGGCCUCCUGCGGGGAUGGGGGCUGGGAUUUAAAAAAUGAAUAUAUAUAAAUUUAGGACCACACACACAUCACAACAAGAGAGACAACACAACACAACACAACACUACAUAAAGAGAGACCUAAGACAACAACAUAGCAUGGCAGCAACACACGACAACACAGCAAGGUAGCAACCCAACAUGAAAACAACAUGGUAGCAACACAACAACAUGGUAGCAACACAUAUCUGUACAGUCAAUACUGAAGACACUGUCUAUUGCUGACCUGCCAAACAAACAAGUCAUUUACUUCAACUGCGUCCAAAAUAAACUUGGUUUCACUUCAAACCUGCACUAAAAAUACGUACGUUUCCAAUGUAUUUUCACAACUGACUUUUCACUCCAGAAAAUUUAAGUUUCAAUGAGUUGGGAUUGGCUGUGGUCGGUGUGGACAUGUCAAGUGGUUUCUCAGCUGGAUGCCUGGAAUCUUAGCUUAUCUCAUAUAAUUAGUCAUUGGUACGUACCAUUAAAAGUUAGCUACACAUGCAUAUUUUAAGAUCGUUUUUGAACCAUAAUAUAGACCUUUGGAGGACUUCAGAUGGUGUAAAUAAUGAUUAAUAUUGCAUCUCCUCGGUCUUAUAUAAUCUGCGGUACUUUUUCAUCCUUUUCCAUGGGAACAUUCUUAUGUAGAGGAGAGGAGCACUGCAAUGUACUGCUCCACCUUCUACGUCUAUUUCUCACAGACAGACAGCAGCAGGAAGGUAGAACGUUCAGAUGUCUCACAAGGUUGGAGGCCAAGGCAGGAAUGAUUGUUUUUCCAAUAGCAAAUAUGUUCGUUGAUAAUAAAAAAGAACUGGAAAAUUAGAAACAUUCCACCUCUCAUCUCUAUCUCCAGCUCCCCCUUUCCUCUCCUCCUUCAACUCUGGUCCAGCCUCUCCAACCUAAUGUGUGUGUGUGUGUGUGUGUGUGUGUGUGUGUGUGUGUGUGUGUGUGGUGUGUGUGUGUGUGUGUGUGUGUGUGUGUGUGUGUGUGUGUGUCUAAGGGAUUGGUACAGCAGCAGACACAUUUAUGUCUCGUAUGGAUUCAUUAAGUCUUCUUCUUGUCCCCCUUUCCUAGAAAAUCCUGACGAUGAUCCCAACGGAGGAGGAGAAGCAGAAGAUCCAGGAUGCUCAGCUGGUGAACCCUGAAGUCCCCCUGGGGUCAGCAGAACAGUUCCUCCUCACCCUGUCCUCCAUCACGGAGCUGUCCGCCCGGCUGCAGCUCUGGGCUUUCAAGAUGGACUACGAGGUCAUGGAGAAGGUCAGAGCACCGCCACCUUUCUGUCAUUACCUCACCAACUCCUAUAGGUGGAGUCAUGCACUACCUGACACUUCCUACAUGUGCAUCAUCAUAAUCGUCUGAUUGUGCAAUACAAGAGAGAAUUGUUGGAGAUGGAUAUGGGUUGGCUUGUCGUAGCAAGGUGUCGUAGUUAAGGAAAUAGAUGUUGUUUUCCAUAUAGCACCUGACUCCUCUAUGGUUGUAACUGAAUGUCCGUGGUUCUUGAACAUAAGGGUUCAACAAAGAACAAAAUGAAUUACUCCUGGAAAUUGUUUAUAGUUGCAGUCUUAAAGUAAUAAUCUAGUGACAGAUGGUUACCAUCUGUCCAGCACACACACAAUAUUUGGUUCUGGGUGCAGAGAUUAGUCUUACAUUAACUAGAGAAAUACUCAGAAACAAAUCACUUUAACAUUCAACCUUCAAACAAAUCUCUCUGACAUUUAACCAUCAUAAAGUAUUCUCAGCUGGUUCCUGUAAUGACUAGUUUCAGUUUAAAAGGCCAUAUUUGAUGUGUGUGCCAUCUCUCUCUCUCUCUCUCUCCUCUCUCUCUCUCUCUCUCUCUCUCUCUCUCCCUCUCUCAUCUCUCUGCCUCUCUCAUCUCCCUCUCUCUCGCUCCCUCGCUCUCUCUCGCCCUCUCUGUCUUACAGGAAGUGGCAGAGCCGCUGCAGGACCUUAAGGAAGGGAUGGACCAACUGGAGAAGAACAAGACGCUGCAUUACAUCCUGUCCACUCUGCUGGCUAUAGGCAACUUCCUCAACGGAUCCAACGUGAGUAACAUUACACAAGUCUGGCCUGGGGCUGGAGGAGGAGAAGAGAUGAGUUCUCUCUCUCCCUCUCCCUCUCUCUCUCUCUCUCUCUCUCCCUCUCUCCUCUCUCUCCCUCUCUCCCUCUCUCUCUCUCUCUCUCUCUCUCUCUCUCUCUCUCUCUCUCUCCCUCUCUCCCUCUCCUCUCUCUCUUUCUCUCUCUCUCUCCCUCGCUCUCUUUCUCUCCCUCUAUCUCUCUCCCUCCUUCUCUCCCUCCUUCCCUCUGUGCCCCCCAGCUAAGCACUGCCAUAUUGACUUGGCAAGGACAACAGUGGGCUCUCUGUUUGUAGAGGAAUGUGCUGUAUGCUGUCUGUCUGUCCGUCUGUCUGUCUGUCUGUGCACCAGACACUAGCUAGCCCAAUACAGCAGUGUAGCUGGAAAGGGAAGGCCUCUGCUAAGCACUGCACCCAACCUGGCGCUGUCUCUCUAUUGGAAUGAGAGAGAGGGAGGGAGAGAGAGAAGAGAGAGGGAGAGGGAGAGAGAGAAUGUGUGAGUGUGGUUGCGUGCGGCAUGCAUGCCAUGUGUGUGUGUCUCAAAGGUUUAGGAUAUGAGAGCCAAACAUGCAAGUCAGAAACAUGAGGCAUCAAGCAAGUAGUUCAGCUAAAUAAUGCCUGUGUUUAUAUUUGAUGGUAAACCAUUUAAAAUGGGGAACAAAGCAAACCCAGUUAGGAUGAUGUCUUUCAGGAUAUGUUGUUUUUUCCUUUUUAGGUAGCUCUGCUCUUGCUAACUAACAAUUGGUAGGUAGGUCUGCAGUUGAUUGUGGUUUGUGAUAAUCACCGACUAAUGAAGCUGAAUCACUGGUCGACCACACUAUAGAAACCCUUUCUCUUUGUACAAGAUCUCGCUAUCCAACAUAAAAAUACCAAUGUUCUGUAAUCUCGUUGUGGUGCAUAUCUGUGACCCAAAGUGGAAAUUUACUGCAAGUUGGGCCUCAUUUAGGGAGUCUGAUGUUAAUAGCGUAGAGUUGUAUCCAUUGUAGUUACAUGAUGGGUGUGUUUCUUUUGUUUGUGUGUGUGCGUGUGUGUGUGUGUGCGUGUGUGUGUUUGUGUUUAUGUAUCCAGGCGAAGGGCUUUGAGCUGGGUUACCUGGAGAAGGUUCCGGAGGUAAAGGACACGGUUCAUAAACAGUCUCUACUGCACCAUGCCUGUUCCAUCGUGGUGGAGAAGUUUCCAGACAGCUCAGACCUCUACUCAGAGAUAGGAGCCGUCACGCGCUCGGCUAAGGUACGCCUGGGAUUGCCUUGGUAUAAAGGACUAAAUUAUGUUUAUCCUUGUAAACCAUUUCUUGCUAUCAAGCAAAACCUAGAGAUUCAAUCCGAACGCCCCGUUUCGACUAUGCACCUUUUGCAAUGUUUCCGUAGAGACCACAUUCACGGUAAACGCUGCAUAUGUCGGCUCAAUCGGAAAUUACCUUUAAAUUUAAGUUGUGUUAUCUAUAACUCGGAUGUUCUGCAGUCCGGAUUGAACCUGUCAUACAUCAUUGAGUUUAUGUCCAUGUAGGCAGCUUUAGGUGUUACUCAUUAAUAAUGACGGUUGCUUGUAUCAAAUCCAAAAUGCCAUCUCCUGCCGUUGUGCAGCUUGAGAAAGGCACUUAGCCUAACCCCUAAACUAAUCCAGGGACAAUAAAGUAAUCUUCUUCUCUGUCAUGUUUGUUCUCAGGUGGACUUCGACCAGCUCCAAGACAACCUGAACCAGAUGGAGCGACGCUGCAAAGCAUCGUGGGACCACCUCAAGGUCAUCGCCAAGCACGAGAUGAAGCCUGCGCUCAAACAGAAGAUGUCCGACUUCCUAAAGGACUGUGCAGAGAGAAUCAUCAUCCUGAAGAUCGUCCAUCGGAGAAUUAUCAACCGGUAUGAUUAUAGUGAAGGUUCUUCUGAUGCAUUCUUUUACCUAGUUGAAAUAUCAUCCAACGUAGCUUCGACCCCAUUUGUUUCUCCAGAGAGAGACCAUCCAACGUUGCUUCGACCCCAUCUGUUUCUCCAGAGAGAGAUAACGGUGCAAUAUCUGACAGCGUAAACUCCAAUGUAAUGUCAUCAUGUUUUUUUUUCUCUCUCUCUCUCUACGUCUUGCAGGUUCCAUGCCUUCCUGUUGUUCCUGGGCCAUCCAGCCUACGCUGUGCGGGAGGUCAGCAUCCACCGCUUCAGUAAGAUCCUCAGUGAGUUUGCCCUGGAGUACCGGACCACGCGGGAACGCGUCCUGCAGCAGAAACAGAAGAGGGCCAACCACAGAGAGAGGAACAAGACCAGAGGAAAGAUGAUCACAGAUGUGAGUGUUGUUCACCUAACAGGCCUGGUCAUGGGAAGUGGGCCAAAUGGCACCCUACUCCCUAAAUAGUGCACUACUUUUGACCAGGGCUCUGCUAAAAAAUGAUGCACUAUAAAGGGAAUAGGGUGCCAUUAAGGACGCAGACCUUGUAUAUUUAAACGCUUUUAGUCCCUUGUCUCUUUGUCCUUUGUCCUUGUUCUCCUGUCUUCUCCUGUCUUCUCCCGUGUUCUCCUAUCUUCUCCUGUGUCCUCCUGCGUUCGCCUAUCUUUUCCUGUGUUCUCCUGUGUUCUCCUAUCUUCUCCUGUGUUCUCCUAUCUUCUCCUGAAUUCUCCUGCGUUCUCCUGUCUUCUCCUGUCUUCUCCUGUCUUCCCCUGCGUUCUCUUCAACUAAGACUCUCUCAAUGUCUUUCUUCAACUUCCUCAUUCUCAUCCUGAGGUUUUCAUACCUGCUCACUCUCCAAACCCGUGGCCACAGGUCACCCCAGACAAUGCAUUAAUUUCCAAUGACGUCAGCAUAGUUUCAUACAUCCAAUACAGUGAUUGGUUACUGUAACAAUAAUCAGUGAUCUAUUUCCAAUGUAUCCUCUUGUAAAACAGCAGGACUGAUCCCCUCCUCGCAUUCCUACUCCUCUUCCUUAUACCCAUCCUCCUACCCCUCCUGCUCCUCUUCCCUCUCCACCUCCUCCUCCUCCUCCUCCUCCUCCUUCUGCUCCCCCUCCUCCCUGUGUGAUGAUUAAACUCCCUCCAGCCCAGAGGGGCCUGCAGCCGGCUGUAGGAGGGAGAUGGAGCAGCACUCCAGGGCCUGUUGUCCUUGGUGGGGUUCCCCUCCAGUUCAAGAGCACCCUAAUUCAAUCACUGUGUGAAAAAUUCAAACCUUUGGAAGUCCCUGCAGCAGAAAUAUCUAGCCCACAGCGUGAUCACGCUGGUCUUACAGGGAGGAGCGGAGCACAGUUGUGUGGUCGUCAUACCCGUUGGUGAAUUUGUGGACCAUAAAAAGUAUUAAAAAGACUAAACAUGUUUUAAUAGCCGACAGCAGGUUUUAGAUAACCUCCUCACACAUCAAAGACAUUUACACAAUAGAACAUUCCUCAUUUUAUUUUCAUAUUUCUGCUCAUUCUGUUUGACUAUGACGCCUCCAGCACAUGCCUAAUAUUCACAUUUUAGUCAUUUAGCAGACGCUCUUAUCCAGAGUGACUUACAGUUAGUGAGUGCAUACAUUUUCAUACUGGCCCCACCGUGGGAAACAAACCCACAACCCUGGCGUUGCAAGUGCCAUGCUCUACCAACUGAGCUACAGGGGACCAUUAACAUCUCCUUGUAUGUGUCUUCCUCUUCAUUUCAUCUUCAUCCUGUUCCUCUGUAGAGUGAGGAUGAAGAGGACGGUGAGGUAUGGGUGUGUGUGUGUGUGUGAAAGUGCGAACAGGUGCAUGUGUGUGUGUACUGCCAAAUCUUUGAGUUGUUAUUGAGUCCUACUAGAAUGUAACUCUACUAACGGGCAACAUAAAAAUACAAAAACAUCUACUAGAUUUAGUAUUUACAGUCUUUACGGUAUUUACUGAAUACUAGAGGUGCUCCCAAAUGGCACUCUAUUCUACUGCACUGUUGGAGCUAGGAACACAAGUAUUUAGCUAGGUAUUACUGCACUGUUGGAGCUAGGAACACAAGUAUUUAGCUAGGUAUUACUGCACUGUUGGAGCUAGGAACACAAGCAUUUAGCUAGGUAUUACUGCACUGUUGGAGCUAGGAACACAAGCAUUUAGCUAGGUAUUACUGCACUGUUGGAGCUAGGAACACAAGUAUUUAGCUAGGUAUUACUGCACUGUUGGAGCUAGGAACACAAGCAUAUUACUGCACUGUUGGAGCUAGGAACACAAGCAUUUAGCUAGGUAUUACUGCACUGUUGGAGCUAGGAACACAAGCAUUUAGCUAGGUAUUACUGCACUGUUGGAGCUAGGAACACAAGCAUUUAGCUAGGUAUUACUGCACUGUUGGAGCUAGGAACACAAGCAUUUAGCUAGGUAUUACUGCACUGUUGGAGCUAGGAACACAAGCAUUUAGCUAGGUAUUACUGCACUGUUGGAGCUAGGAACACAAGCAUUUAGCUAGGUAUUACUGCACUGUUGGAGCUAGGAACACAAGCAUUUAGCUAGGUAUUACUGCACUGUUGGAGCUAGGAACACAAGCAUUUAGCUAGGUAUUACUGCACUGUUGGAGCUAGGAACACAAGCAUUUAGCUAGGUAUUACUGCACUGUUGGAGCUAGGAACACAAGCAUUUAGCUAGGUAUUACUGCACUGUUGGAGCUAGGAACACAAGCAUUUAGCUAGGUAUUACUGCACUGUUGGAGCUAGGAACACAAGCAUUUAGCUAGUUAUUACUGCACUGUUGGAGCUAGGAACACAAGCAUUUAGCUAGUUAUUACUGCACUGUUGGAGCUAGGAACACAAGUAUUUAGCUAGGUAUUACUGCACUGUUGGAGCUAGGAACACAAGCAUUUAGCUAGUUAUUACUGCACUGUUGGAGCUAGGAACACAAGCAUUUAGCUAGGUUAUUACUGCACUGUUGGAGCUAGGAACACAAGCAUUUAGCUAGGUAUUACUGCACUGUUGGAGCUAGGAACACAAGUAUUUAGCUAGGUAUUACUGCACUGUUGGAGCUAGGAACACAAGCAUUUAGCUAGGUAUUACUGCACUGUUGGAGCUAGGAACACAAGCAUUUAGCUAGGUAUUACUGCACUGUUGGAGCUAGGAACACAAGCAUUUAGCUAGGUAUUACUGCACUGUUGGAGCUAGGAACACAAGCAUUUAGCUAGGUAUUACUGCACUGUUGGAGCUAGGAACACAAGCAUUUAGCUAGGUAUUACUGCACUGUUGGAGCUAGGAACACAAGCAUUUAGCUAGGUAUUACUGCACUGUUGGAGCUAGGAACACAAGCAUUUAGCUAGGUAUUACUGCACUGUUGGAGCUAGGAACACAAGCAUUUAGCUAGGUAUUACUGCACUGUUGGAGCUAGGAACACAAGCAUUUAGCUAGGUAUUACUGCACUGUUGGAGCUAGGAACACAAGCAUUUAGCUAGGUAUUACUGCACUGUUGGAGCUAGGAACACAAGUAUUUAGCUAGGUAUUACUGCACUGUUGGAGCUAGGAACACAAGCAUUUAGCUAGGUAUUACUGCACUGUUGGAGCUAGGAACACCAAGCAUUUAGCUAGGUAUUACUGCACUGUUGGAGCUAGGAACACAAGUAUUUAGCUAGGUAUUACUGCACUGUUGGAGCUAGGAACACAAGCAUUUAGCUAGGUAUUACUGCACUGUUGGAGCUAGGAACACAAGCAUUUAGCUAGGUAUUACUGCAUUGUUGGAGCUAGGAACACAAGCAUUUAGCUAGGUAUUACUGCACUGUUGGAGCUAGGAACACAAGCAUUUAGCUAGGUAUUACUGCACUGUUGGAGCUAGGAAACACAAGCAUUUAGCUAGGUAUUACUGCAACUGUUGGAGCUAGGAACACAAGCAUUUAGCUAGGUAUUACUGCACUGUUGGAGCUAGGAACACAACAUUUUAUUUGAUUGAUUUGAUUUGAUUGUAUAGGGAAUAGGGUGCCAUUUGGUUAGGGGUUAGGGGUUAGAGGUUAGGUUUAGAGUUAGGUUAGGGGUUAGGGUUAGGGUUAGGGGUGUGUGUGUGUGUGCGUGUGCAUGUGUGUGCAUGCAUGCGUGCUUCCUUAUCAGUGUGUGUGUGUGUGUGUGUGUGUGUGUGUGUGUGGAAAGGUAGGCUAUGGAAGUUCUGUUCACUGCAAGUCCACAGGCAAGGGAAGCAGGGUAGGCCAAACUCAAACCAGACCCCAGGAGGUCAGAAUCCACAGACAAGCACUUCCUGAUAGAACCUAAUCCUGGGUAAUAGACCUCAUGAGAACCAGAGGUUCAUCUCUUAAAACCCAAUGAGGUCCACAUGAGAGCCUGAGUCCCAAAUGCCACCCUAUUCCUUAUACAGUAUAGUGCACUACUUCUCACCAGAGUACUUAUCAAAAGUAGUGCACUAUAAAAGGAAUGGGUGCCAUUUGGGAUGAAUCCACAGCCUGCUGACCAGGAUCAGGUUAUACAGCUCUGUUUGUUCUAUAAUGGAACCAAGAUGGCUCUCACCGUCAACAGGGAAGAAAUCAGCAGGUUUCAAUACAGAUGGUUAGGUUUUACUUCACUGUAUGUAAUGUAAAGGUUCAUACGACAGUUGUCACAUAGCACUGAUAACUUAGGUCUAAGUACUGUUAACUUAUGACUAAUAAGUUAUGACAAAGACAUGUGUUGAAUGGUUUUUUGAGUGUGUGUUUUUGUUGGGGUGGGGUUAUUGGUUUGUUUGUUGUUGGUUUGUUACAGAUACUAAAUAAAUAUGGCUUCUGUUUGUGGGAUACAAUUUUAAAAAGUGCACGCAGCAUGUGACCGUUUAAAUAUAGCUCCCAAACUGUUGGUUGGGAGAAUACUGUACAGAACUGUGAUUAACCCAGAAUGGAUUUGUAUGCUGUUGUUUUCUAAUUGUUUCAGAGUGCUGUUGAUGGUGCCAGAGAAUGAUGACCAAUUGAACCAUUUUAAUACAUAGAUUUAGGAAGUUUCAUCUCUAACCUAGCUCUUCUCUCCUCCUCCACCCCACAGGAUGGAAAGUUUGGCGGUAGCGCCCCGGGGCCUGUAAGCCAGGAGGGUGUGCUGCCGCAGGGUCUGCAGUAUGCAGAGGAUGCAGCAGAGCAUGAGAACAUGAAGGCAGUGCUGAAGAGCAGCUUGCAGGGCUGCAGUGAGAGUGGAGCGUCCACCGUGCCUGGUCUACGCACACGCACCAGAGCCAGCAGACCAGGUCAGUCUGACGGUCCACCACCUUCACACAACUCCUGGAAAAAAGGGAAACUUCUGAAGGACUUUUUUUUUUUUACAACCGCCAGCUCCACUACACAUGAGGUUGAUCCUGUCUGUCUGUCCUUCUCCUCUCUCCUUCUCUCCUUGUCUUCUCUCCUUGUCUUCUCUCUUCUCCUCUCCGUUUCGGGAGCCUGCUCGGAGCUCUCAGUCCCUUCUCGAGGUGCCUCCUUACUUACAAUCGCUCCUCUCUCUUCUCUCUCUGUCUCUCCUGUCAUCGAGAAGGUCUUCUCUCCUUGUCUUUAUCCAUUAUCUCUCCUUCUCUCAUCUCUCCUUUCCUCCUAAGUUCCUUUCUUAGAUAAGGUCUCUCCUGUUCUCGACUCGUCUCCUUGUCUUCCUCUCUCUGCCUCUCUGAUCUUCCUCCCUUCUCUCCUCUUCUUUCUCUCAUUUCUCUCCUGUCUCUCUCCUCUCCUUGUCUUCUCUCCUUCUCUCCUAGGCCGUGUGGGUCCAUGGGGCUCAUCAGUGAUCGAUGACCCACCCAAUUGCACAGAGACAGACGCUGCAGACGAGAUCAUGGAGCGCAUCGUCAGGUCAGCCACUCAAGGGCCCAGGACACGGAUAGAGCCUCGGGAGAGGAAGAGGUCCAGAGCCAACCGCAAGUCACGUGAGUCAGAGGGCCUUUUUACACUAACAAAAUAUUUGAAGUAAGAGUUGCCUUUGUUUGACAUCAGAUUUGAAACUUUUCUUUUUAAAGUAUCCUUACAUUAGCUUUGGAUGUGGUGUGGCCAAAGGUUUAACUGCCUCCGACAUCUAAUUGUGGAUAUUUCUGUCAGUGUUAAUGCACACUAUCUUAUUUUCCAGCAUCACCUGAGGAGUGAUACAGUUCAACACAACACUAACAACACACUGCUACAGUAAAUACAUCCAGUUCUAUUAAAACCUCUUCAUGACUCCUGUCCUCCCCUCUCUCUCUCUCUCUCUCUCUCUCUCUCUCUCUCUCUCUCUCUCUCUCUCUCUCUUCUCUCUUCUCCUCUCUCUCUCUCUCUCUCUCUCUCUCUCUCUCUCUCUCUCUCUCUCUCUCUCUCUCUCUCUCCCCCUCUCUCUCUCUCUCCCCCUCUCCCUCUCUACAGUGAGAAGAACACUGAAAACUGGUCUGACGCCAGAGGAGGCCAAUGCCUUGGGGUUGUCCAGUGGUUCAGAGAUGGCUGUGUGACAGGAAGAGAAGUAGAGCUGGAUCCAGCAGCACAGCACACACAGAGACCUGGGAAACCCUCUUACCGCCCCGCCCUUCACUGACCCCUGACCUCUAACCCCUG